AUAAGAAUACAAUAAGAAUGUCAUUCCUGCGCAAAUCAGUCAAACUGUUGAAUGCAGCAGCGGGGAGGCAGCAAAAUCUCAAAGCGAUUGUUGGAUCCACCUUGCGGCAUCAGCGGACUUACAGCUCUGAACCGCCAAAUGAUUAUGCCAAUUUUCCUGGAGCCAAGGCCCCGUUUGUAAGUAAACUGAAGCUAAAUAUGCCGGAGGAUUAUGCGCCCAUACCCAUUUACCGCGUUAUGGAUCGCGAUGGUUUCAUUGCCGAUGAAACGCAAGAUCCCCAGCUAGGCCGCGAGGUGGUGGAGAAGAUGUUCCGCGACAUGCUGCUGCUAAAUACAAUGGAUAAAAUCCUAUAUGAAUCGCAGCGCCAGGGGCGCAUAUCGUUCUACAUGACCAAUUUUGGCGAGGAAGCCUCUCACAUCGGCAGUGCGGCCGCUUUGGAGAUGAGAGACCUCAUCUAUGGCCAAUAUCGUGAGGCCGGUGUGCUGGUCUGGCGUGGCUUCCGCAUUGAUCAGUUCAUCGAUCAGUGCUAUGGCAACGUAGAUGAUUUGGGUCGUGGCAAGCAAAUGCCCGUACAUUAUGGCUCCAGAGAGCUGAACUUUGUCACCAUCUCCAGUCCACUGUCCACUCAAAUGCCACAGGCUGUGGGUGCCGCCUAUGCGAUGAAGAUGCGACCGAACAACGAUGCUUGUGUGGUCUGCUACUUUGGGGAGGGUGCGGCUUCGGAGGGAGAUGCUCAUGCGGCCUUCAAUUUCGCUGCAACGCUGAACUGCCCCGUCAUUCUCUUCUGUCGCAACAAUGGCUUUGCCAUAUCGACGCCCUCCCAUGAGCAAUACAGAGGCGAUGGUAUAGCUGGUCGUGGUCCGAUGGGCUAUGGUAUUGCCACCAUCCGUGUGGAUGGCACCGAUGUCUUUGCCGUAUACAAUGCCAUGAAAGAAGCUCGAGAGUAUGUGCUGCGUGAGAACAAGCCGGUGGUGUUUGAGGCCUUGGCCUACCGUGUGGGACAUCAUUCCACCUCGGACGACAGUACAGCAUACCGGUCGACAGAGGAAAUAGAGGUUUGGAACUCCGUAGAGCACCCGAUCUCGAAGCUUAAGCGCUACAUGGUACACAAGGGCUGGUUCGAUGAGGCGGAGGAAACCGCAUACAUCAAGGAAGUGCGCAAGAAGGUACUCAAGCAGAUUGCUGUGUCCGAGAAGAAGCUAAAACCCAACUGGAAAGAGAUGUUCGAGGGCGUGUACGCCGAGAUGCCCGAGCAUUUGGUGGAACAGCAGCGCGAGCUCCAGGAGCAUAUAGAGGCGCACAAGGACAGCUAUCCCUUGAAGGACUUUAAGCAGUAGAUCUGAUCUGUAG